AGCUACCUUCAGAUCAUUACAUACACAAUACAAAAUUUUGAAACAUGGCUUCUACGAGAUUCGCUGUUGUUGAAGUAAACGAUUAUUUAUCAAAAAAACAAGCUGCAGAACCUGAAUUAGCAGCAGAUUGGGCAAAAUUAGAAGAACUUUAUACUAAAAAAUUAUGGCAUCAACUAACUUUAAAACUGCAAGAAUUGGUAAAUUAUCCAUCUCUAAGGUCGGGAGACCAUUUAAUACAGCUAUACAACAACUUCUUAACUGUAUUUGAAAAUAAAAUAAAUCCAUUGUCUUUAGUAGAAAUAGUGGCCCAUAUUGUAGAACAGUAUGCUGAUAAGAAGGAAGCGAUCGCAUUCCUGGAGAAGAUUGAGGCGAAGGUGAAAAUGAAUGAUGAGGCUUUGGCUCUUUGUAAGGUUCUCCAAGGUCAAAUAUAUCUGGAACAGCUGAAUGAUUUAGAUGCUACGGAGAAAAUCAUUGAACAAUUGGAAGGUACUCUGGAAGAUGCAGAUGGUGUUACUCCAGUCCAUGGCAGAUUCUAUAAACUAGCUUCGGAAUACUACAGAGUGCGUGGUCCGAUGGCCCGUUACUACCGCGCUGCGCUGCGAUAUGUAGGCUGUGCGCGCGGCGGUGAGGACCUCGCGUUGCCAGAGCGUCGUGCGUGUGCUCUGAGACUGGCCCUCGCCGGUGUGAUUGCACCCACUGUCUACGAUCUGGGAGAACUGUUGGCUCAUCCAAUCCUGGAAUCGCUGGAAGGCACACCGGACGCGUGGGCGUGCGAGCUGGUGAAGGCUGUGGCGGCUGGAGAUAUUGUCGCCUUUGAGAAAAUACGUGCUCAAGCCCCACAUCCCGAACUACACAAAGCUGAUCGUCAGCUGAGACAGAAAAUUGCUAUCCUGUGUUUGAUGGAGAUGGCGUUCAACCGCACCUCGGCGCAGCGCAAGUUGACAUUCGCAGAGAUAGCGCGCGAGGCUCGCGUGCCCCGAGACGAGGUAGAACUCCUUGUUAUGAAGGCCCUCGCUGAGAAACUUAUACGGGGACACAUCGACCAAGUGAGCGAAUGUGUAAGUGUGCGGUGGGUUCGUCCGCGUGCGCUGAACCGUGCUGGCGCGGCUGCGUUGGCGCAACGCCUGGACGCGUGGUGCACCGCCGUCGCCAGCGCCGCCACGCUGCUGUCCCGCGCUGCACCAGAUCUGCUCACACUCUGAUAGGGAUUAUUUCUGCAUUUCAAUCUAGUAAGGCGUAUCCCGGUACAAUCCAAUAAUAAAGUAAAACAAAUGUCAUGUUUAAUAAAUAUUCAUUAAAAUUA